CGCGUUCGAGGUUCAUCCGUUCACCUUGGAGGUCCGGUUUCUACAACCUGCAAAACAAAGGUAAUCCUAAAUUCUGAGAACAUGAAUCGAACCUGGUUGUUUUGUAAAGAUUGAAACCCUAAAAUCAGAACUCUAAAGAUGAAAGCCAUAGGAAAAAUAGAUCAAAUCCUAAAGAGUAAAUCGGAGCUCGAAUAAGUCCGAUCUCCUAAACCAUAAUUCGAGAUUGAUCCAUUGAUCAAUUAAAAUCAAAGUCUUAAUGAUUUUGAAUCUCAAAUCAAAUUCCCUUGAUCAAAGAUCAAAGUUUCGAAAACCCUAAAACCCUAAAUUGGAAAAUCGGUUUUAAUUGUUUGAUUUGAAACUUGAUUGUUUUAUUUGAUCACCUAGAAAGAUUGCUAGGAUUGUUUAAACUCGAAUCUGAAUUGCUUGACUUGUUUAAACUAAAAAAAAAAACUUGAUAAGCCCUUGAUUAUAUCAUCUCGUGGUCGUGUGGCCUUAUUGCCUUCAUACUCGAACUUGAUCACUACUGAUUGAUUGCAAUUGAACUUAGAUCUAAUUCCAGGGAUGAUGAAUUGAACUAAAAUAGCCGUGUGGCUCAUCUUGGCCGUAAGGCAUUGCUUGAAUGUUUAAAUGUUUAAAAAACACUUAAUCUCGAUUUAUAUUCCUAAAGGCUUUGAAACCUUAAUCUUAAAAUCGAAUCCUACUAAUGUUUAAACCGAAACCCUAGAAUUGAUUAAGAUUAUUUGCAUACAUAUGAAUCUGAAUAUGGAUUGCAUUCAUACUGUUUAAAAGGAAUCGACCAGCAUGUAGUUUAUAAAAUCUUGAAACCGUUUGCAUUAGGUAGAACUACAUGGCCGUGUGGCUUGAUGAUCGUUUCGCACCAUGGUCGAUUAGAUUGCUUGAUUUUUCAUAAAUGCGUAAGACAGGUUUGUGGCCGAGCUUGUUAAUUACCAUGCGGCCACAUGAUCACAUUGUGAACCUAAAUUGUGAAUGAUAAUGUGAUUCAGAUGUCGAAAAUCUCAAACAGAGACUAUGCAGCCUUUAAUCUCUCCGGAGAUAACUACUUGCAGUGGGCGCUAGAUACAAAGAUCAGUUUAAGGUCAAAGGGACUUGGUGAUACAAUCAUCAAGAACAACAAUGAGACCGAUAAGAAUCGGUACAUGGCUAUAAGUAUUAUACGCUAUCACCUCAUUGAAGGUCUAAAAGAUCAGUACAUCACGAUGGAAAAUCCACUAGAACUUUGGGAUGCUUUACAGCAUAGAUAUGAUCACCAGAAAACGGUGUUACUUCCAAAGGCUAGAAACGACUGGAAGAAUCUUAAAUUCUUGGAUUAUAAGUCGGUGGAUGAGUACAAUUCAGUCUUAUUUAAGACGGUCUCGAUGAUGAGACUUUGUGGUGAAGUAGUAACCGAAGAAGAGUUACUUGAGAAGACUUACUCUACAUUCCAUUCAUCGAAUGUGAUACCGCAACAGCAGUACAGAAUGAAAGGCUUCACCACAUAUACUGAUCUGAUCUCGUGCCUGCUUCUGGCCGAGGCAAACAAUGAGCUCCUGAUGAAGAACAGUGAAGCUAGACCUGUUGGAACAACACCAUUACCGGUAGCUAAUGAGGUUGAAAAGAAAGAACCCAAUGAGUGCAAUUACGUCCAAAACAAUAAGCGAUCACACGGCAAUGGCCGUGGUGGUUACAAGGGGUGUGGCAGUGACAAUUACUCGAACAGCCGAGACAACUACUCGACCGGCCGGAAAGGAAACCACAAUAACCGUGGUCGUGGUUCCAAUUAUGGCUGUGGCCGAGGUAGUUAUGGCCGUGGUCGAGGCGGCAUAUCCAAACCGUCUUACUCGACUAAAUCCGUUUGUCACAGAUGUGGAAUGAGAAACCAUUGGGCCAAGAACUGUAGAACCCCUAAGCACUUAUGUGAGCUCUACCAAGAAAGUCUGAAGAACAAGAACCCGGAGGCUCACAUGGUUCACGAUUCCGGAUAUGAGGCCGAUAAUGAUUCCGACAUUGCUAAAGAUGACCAGAUGGACUUUGAGACUUCUAAAUUUCGAUACGACUUGUCUUAUUCCUUUAUGAUUUGCUUUGAUGUUUCACGAUUUUAUAUAUAUAUAAUAAGAAUUGAUUUUGAAUUCAUUAUCUUGCCUGAUCUUACUUGAACAUAUAAAUGAUUUUAAAGAGUUGCCUAAAGGGCAUAAAACCAAGUAAGAAAUCAUGAAUGGGUAUAGUAAGCAUAGUAAAGAAACUAUGGCUAAGGCAUUGC